AUGGAGCUUUCCUCAAACGAGCGUGAUGGAUCCUCGAUGGCACUUGCCAUGAUGUCUUCUCAGCGAGGCUGGUCUCGCUGGCCUCGGCCUGGAACAUUGCUGACCAGUUCGUAUGACGGAACCACCAAGUUCUGGUCCAUCUCAACAGGGCGCUGCUGGCGCAGCCUCAAGCAGGAGGGCCCUGUGAUGUCUGUCGCCGUGUCGUCAGACGGGAGGUAUCUGUUGACGGCUGCGUAUGAUGGUGUCGCUGCAGUGUGGUGCGUGGCCAGAGGGGAAGCGAUCCGAACUUUGAAGGGCCAAGAGGGUGGCCUUUACACGGCGGUAUUUUCACCGAAUGGCCAGUCAGUGCUGACGGCCUCUGCACAUGGAGCUGCCUGCAUGUGGAGAUGGAGGAUCGGCAAGGUACAAUGGCUCUUGAAAGGGCACGAGGACAACUACAUGCGUUCCGCGACAUUUUCACCGGACGGAGAAACCAUUGUCACAACAUCCUCGGAUUGCUCACUGCGGAUCUGGCAGCUCGACUCGUCGGACGAGUCUAGAGCGCCGGUCCUUCUCAGAACACUUGAGGGCCACUAUGGCUGGGUAAACACAGCGGUCUUCUCGCCCGGUGGCGAUCAGAUCCUGUCAGCGGCUGCUGACAAAACAGCCAGGCUCUGGUCUGCAUCAACAGGAGCCUGCCUGCGGACCUUCACAGGGCAUUGGGCGUAUGUGCGAUCGGCUGUUUUCAGUCCGCAGCAGACUAUGGUUCUGACGGCUUCAGCAGACUGGACGGCAAAACUGUGGAACUCGCAGUCGGCAACUUGCAUACAGACCUUCACGGGUCACUCGCAAUGGGUCAACAUGGCGUCUUUCGUCAAUGGCCUCGCCAAGAUUGUUACGUGCUCCCGGGACAACAGCGCCCGGCUCUGGGAUACCAAAACUGGCGCCUGCCUGCGCGUGUACGACGAGCACAGUGACUUCGUGAUGUGGGCGAUGGUUCCUGCCGCGCUUGCAAUCAAAGACCACAAAGACCAAAGGCGCAAGAUCAAAGCUGGCCAGAGGCGCUGGAUAGCCAAAGCCGCUUCCAUUGACUGGCAGAAAGAUGGUUCCGUUUGGGCAGGGAGGUCGUGGUGUGUUCAUGCAGCCUUCUUCACAGCGUUGGCUCAGAAGUGUGCAGGUGGCGGGCGCGGGCGAUCUCCGGGCGACGGCUCGCGAUCCCCUGGAACCUGGUUGGAGGCGGCGCCGACCUGCCAGUCGAGGUGCGAGAGGCAGCGGACACUGCUUGCAGGGCUGGUUGCUUUGGCUGCAAAGUCCGGAGGAGAGGGCCUGGACUUGGAACUGGCCGUGCCCGAAGACUCGGACAUGCAGGAGCUGACAGACUUGGUCGAUGAAAGCUUCCAGCGCGCCAUCCAAGCCAGGAUGGUUGAUGGUGGGAACCCGCUUGGCGACUUGUGGAACGGCUGGGUGUCCUUGAGUGAGCGGCAGAUGACCCUUGGGGCGAUGCGAAAGCGCCUGGCGGGCCUGCUCUCGUCGCCCAGUCUGAGGCGGCCGAGCAACGAUGAGUGGAACCUCGGAGUUCUUCUUCGCGAGAAGGGCGUCGAGAAGCCGCCAAUCGGAUACUUUGAGAUUUGCAUGCAGAAGCCAGAGGGGAUCAGCAGGCGCAGCGCAGCGCUGGAGCCAUACCUCAAGAACUUGUGUGUGUCCAAGGCUUACCGAAGACGCGGGCUUGGCAAGAAGCUCCUGAAUUUGGUGGAGGCAUUUUGCAGGACAGCAUGGCAAGGCAGCGCAAUCUAUCUGCAUACAGAUGAUGAUGCAGCAGCCUUCAAUCUCUACAACAGCACCGGCUACACGGUGAGGAAGCAAGAGAAGGAUGGCGAAGGCGUCAGCUUCUACAUGUUCAAACGCUUGGAGUAG